AUGCAUUUUGUGAGAAAGGAACCAGAGACAGUUAAUGAAGCCACAGAAGAGGACUCAAUUCAUUUUAAUGUUGGUGGCUGGCAUUUCUCUAUUCCGAAAAGUAAAAUUGCUCAGUUUCCAGAAUCCCUGCUUUGGAAAGAAUCUUCUACCCUGGUUCCAUCUGAAAACCCAAGACUAUUCAUCGACAGAGAUGGAUUCACAUUUAGACACGUCCAUUAUUAUCUACAUACCUCAAAGUUGUCUUUUUCCAGCUGUGCUGAAUUGAAUUUGUUGUAUGAACAAGCAUUAAUUUUGAAGCUGACACCUUUAUUGCAGACUUUAGACAAUUUGAAGGAAGGGAAACAUAAUCUGCGUGUGCGACCUGCAGAUAUACCAAUAGCUGAAAGAGCAUCCAUGAAUUACUGGAGAACGCAAAAAUGUAUCAGCAAGCCAUCAGAGUUUCCUAUCAAAAGCCCAGCAUUUACAGGAUUACAUGAUAAAGCUCCCUUGGGGCUGAUGGAUACACCAUUACUUGAUACAGAAGAGGAAGUGCAUUACUGUUUUCUGCCAUUAGACUUAGUGGGAAAGUACCCUACUUUAGUCAAUGAUGAUAAUUUACUGUGGCUCCUGGAGAAUGCAGCUCUGAUAGAAUGUGAAUGCAGUGAGUUCCGUUUCAUAGUAAAUUUUCUUCGCUCAGAGAAGAUUUUGUUGCCUGAUAAUUUCACCAACAUAGAUGUUUUGGAAGCAGAAGUUGUAACUUUGGGAAUUCCUAACCUUACCGAUGCAGUGAAGCUUUAUAGGGGAAAUUGCUCUAUGCUGACCUCUAACCUUGAAGAUUCUGUGACGGGUAUAGUAAACAAGAUGCUGGAAGUUCAGGAAGUUGUGAGGCCCCCCUUGUAUGUUAUGGCACUUGGUGUCUUAGUAAAAUACCCUGAUUCAGCACUUGGACAGCUCCAUAUAGAAAGUACUUUAGACCGAAACCAGCUGUACAUCUCUGGGAAUGGAGUCCUCUUUCAACAUGUCAAGAACUGGCUAGGAACUUGCCGCCUCCCACUUACUGAAAAUGUGUCUGAAAUCCAUGAACUCUGUGCUUACUUGGACAAAAGGGACAUCACAUAUGAACCAAUGAAAGAUGCUUUGAAAUCAUAUCUGAAACAAAAGAUACCUGCAGAGACGAAGGGACACAAUGAAGACUGGACAGCAGAAGUAAGAGUCUACUCCCUGCAUCAGAUUGUGAAAAUUUAUGUGGGAAGCCAUUGGUAUGAAACGUACUUACAAACCUUGCUGAAGUGUCCAGAGCUCCUGUCAAACUGCAAAAAAGUUUAUUGGAUCACAUAUGGUCAGAGUCUCCUAAUCCAUGGAGAUGGGCAAAUAUUUCGACACAUUCUCAACUUCCUUAGACUUGGCAAGCUGUUUUUACCAUCUGAAUUUAAAGAAUGGUCUCUAUUUUGUCAAGAAGCAGAGGAGUACAGAAUUCCUUCUCUUUUUGAAGCACUUUAUCAGUGUGAUGGAUACAGAUUGUGGGUCAAAAAACAUGAAACUUACGCUGAAGCUGCUUUUCCAUUUAGAAGAUUAAAUAUUGUGACUUGGGAUAAGGAGCGUGAGUUCAGCAAAGACCCAAAAGAAGAACAUUCCUACACUGCUGUGGAUUUCAGUAACUGGUGUGUUAAUACCUGGAGUAAAAUAAAAGACAUGCAGGAUAGCAAAGGAGAGAAUGAGAAGUAUACCAGAAUGAUUUCACAGAGCAGAGGGACAAAACGAAGGAAUAAACCUGGAGGAUAUCAUCAGUCUACAGACAUCCGGGGAAAUUCCAGCUAUUGUAAACAUUCAGCAAGCCCUCCAAGGAAGAAAGGGGAAAGAGGCAAUUUAGCAAAAAAAUCAGAAAAUAGAAACUCAGCCACUCCCAUUCAGAAAUUAAUUUCCCUGGUAAAGGAAUGGGACAUGGUGAACUCCAAAAGAUGUGAAUUCCGGCAUGUGAUGAUAUCCAACAGUAACCUUGCAGAUAAUGUACCUUGUCAUAAAACACUUGAAAAUGGGGGUGACAUCAAAGAUCCUGCUGGCAGGUCUCCUGGAGUUCAGGAAAACGACCAGACUAUUCAAGCUGCGUUCAGUACUGAAGAGAAACAUUCGGAGCAACACACAUUCAAACAGAAUUUGCCAAUUACCCUAACUGCUGAAAAACACAGAUUCAGCACCAUAAGGGAGACUUACCCAAUGGAAAAAACUGCAGCAUUCAAAGAGUGGAGGGGCCAGGAGCAAACAGAAAAAGAUCCUCACCCAACCCAUCCCAGGCUAAAGCAGCUUGAAACUGGCAUGUUCGGCGUGGGGAUGAGCAGUAGCACUUGCCCAGAAACAACCGUCAAUGACCAAACCAACAUGGUAACCAAAGAAUUCAAUAAUGUAGGAUUCAUCCUUAAAGUCGAACAUCCUCCAGUUGUAGGCAGUGAUGGCUCUUGCACUUGGCAUGAAGAGAGUGUUGUUUACAGUGCUGGCAUCAAACCGGCUAAUUCAAACAGUCAACCAGUGGCUAGAGAUGUUGUUUUCCUAAGUUUUGCUUUGGCACGGGAAGAGAUAUUUUAUGCCAGGAAGUGCCACUGUUUUCUGACUGACAUCAUCCUGAAUUCCAUCAGGCAGAAGGAUGCCAGAGAGAUCACAGCCAAAGUUGUGAGGCUUGUGCACAGGCUUUGGACCCAACAGAUCCCACCAAAGGAGUUUGUUGCUGAUGUCCUGAACACAAAACCUUUUAACGAUGACAGACACGUUCAUGAAAAGCUACUUAGAUGGGUGGAAUUUACACUGCCAUUUGCAUGGAAGUACAGCCACUGCAUUGAUUUACUGCUAAAGAAAGGGUAUUCCAAAUCCAUAUCCUAUUUUGGCUUGGGAAAAUGAGUUACAGGAGCUUUAAUAAAGUUUGACCUAAAUGUUUCUCACUGUGAAAUGUCUGUCCUUGCUU